GUGUACAAUGUUCACUAUACUAUGAGCAUUAAUGGCAAAGUACAAGAUGGAUCGAUGGAAAUAGAUGCUGGAAACAACUUAGAGACAUUCAAAACGGGAAGUGGGAGCGAAGAGGCUGUUGAAGUUCAUGAUUUUCAGAUUGGCAUAACUGGAAUCCGUUUUGCUGAAGGAGAAAAGUGUUACAUCAAAGCUCAGCCAAAAGCUCGUGUCCCCGAAGUUGAUGCUAUGACUAAAGCGAGCCUCUCGUCUGAGCUGGAAGAUGAAAUCAUGCCUGUGAGAUUUGACGAAAACUCCCUUAUCUGGGUGGCUGCAGACGAGCCUAUCAAGCAUAACAGUUUCCUAAGCCCCAAAAUUUUAGAGCUUUGCGGGGAUCUUCCAAUUUUCUGGCUGCGACCAACAUAUCCCAAAGAGGAUUUCGCUAGAGUGGAGGGACAAGAUGCUUUAGCUAGACAACUAGCAGAUGAAGUUUAUGAGGUCCUGGAGGCAGUUCCAGGACCGAAGUACUUCCAUCACCCACAGCCAAGCUUCGCAAAGGUGUUCAGGAAUCACAAGGGAGAUGGCAACUUCUCCAG